GAUAAUCAGAAUCUUGCAGGGCUAGUGCUCAAUGGUAAGAGUAAAUUUGCUUACAGUCAUAUUCUCCUCGAUUUUGUGCUUAUAUGACGUGAUCCGUGACAAGUGGAACAUGGACGAAUUUACUUGAACAUCGUCGGCUUAUUUUACGUGAUUGAUGCUGGGUUUAAAGACGUAAAUUGAAAACAUAGCCGAAAACGAGGAAGGAAACGGAAAGAAAAAGUGGAUGGCCAAUUAACAUUAUCAUUACUUUUGAAGAUGAGAACACUGGAUACAACCAUGAAUUCAACUUGUGCUUACUGUACGCUUGAACCACCCCCAGACAUCCUUCACAUACCACCACCACCAUUUCCGGCUAUUCUUCAGCAAGGUUCCGAUUUUUAUCCAAACUCUGACAUUUUGCCAUUCCCACCGCAUUUAAAUAACAGUCCUUGCAAGCACAUCUGCGAUCGACAGAACUCUGAAGGAGUUCAAUACAUAGAAAUGCCCCAACAAGGAACCGUGUUUGACAAUACGUGGCUCCUGAUUUUAAUAUCGUCAUGCGUUGGUGUGAUUUUUAUCGGCGUAAUAUUUGCAACGUUGCUCUUCAAAUGCAAAUUCAAUAGGAACGGGAAAAGCGGAGUGAUCUCCUUGCCGAAUGCAACUUCCAGCAUGCAAACGAAAAACGGCAGGCUUCAAAAUGAGGCGGUGCUUUAUCCGUGCGCGGCAGACACCAUGCAAGACAGUCGGGUAAUGUGGGCGACUCUUACUCCACGUGGGACUACAAGGCAUUAUCUGGAGGAGCAUACAUACGAAACCAUUGGGGGUGGGCAGUUCCAUAAGCGUUCCUGUACUACCACACCAACCGAACAUGUAAAACUCAAGACGUACGCUGAUCCACCAGCUAUUUCGCCAGUGCAAAAUCGUCCAAAAGAUGACAAAGCUUUUGAUAAUACCGCGUUCGUGGACUACGAAGAACCUUUAUCUAUCAAGACUGAAUAUUAUCAGCUUAAUGAUGUUUUGGAACCAAAUGAGUCUGGCAUACUUACCAUCCAGAGAGGAACUCUUCGUCCGCGCGUGAGCUCCCCAACGAGAAUCGAACAUCCGAAUUUACCCCCCUUGAAUCUUCAUCCGCACAAGCGUGCGUCCCGCAAGGCUUCUGGCGCACAGCACACUUCGGAUACGCUGCUGAGAAGCAGCAUUACGUCAUCCACUUAUAUUCCCACUAUAUAAGUAUUUUGUCGCAUCCCUUUUGUUACAUUCCGUCGAGCUUCACUCAUAGGCGACGUUACAUCGCGCACCUUUUGCAUCUGUUACAUCGUAUCUAGUCAUUGUAAGCACCUAAUUGACUGUGUAAGUCGGAUAAGCGGCAAUGUAGUCAUGAAAAGUAAUUCUUUUUUAUCAAUUGAUAUGACGUGAUUGUGAUCGUGUAGAGACGUAGGUGUAGACUUAAUAGAGUAAAUAAUAUAUGUUACAUUUGCAUCUUACAAAAUAAAACAAUGCGUAGUAAAA